CAGUAAUUAAGAAGAAGAUUUUAGGAAGAAAUGAAGUUAAUAAUAAUCAAGACUCUUAUUUCAAUGUCAGAGAGAGGCCCUUCAUUUUGAAUUGUAGUAAUUAUGUGAAUAUAAUUCAUCAAUCUUGUUGCAAGACCUUCACCGGGUGGCAAAAAAAGGUGGCUAGCGUCUGCAUAAAACGUGUAAGUGUUGAGAAAAUUGAUUCAGUCCUAAAAACCCUUUCUGAAAAUCCUGAAAAUAAAUAUCCUUGCUUUUUUGUCUAUAGUUGUUCUGGGAUUUUCGGAAAACUGGCUCAUGUAUUUUUGAAAUCUAAUUUAAAUAAUCGAUCGUCACUUAAUUGUUCUCAAACUAGGUCCUUAUAGAAAAAAGCGUGUACACCCGUCCGAGUAACUCGUAUAAACAUUGUUCAUAAUAAGCUCGCACGAAGGCGACGGUAGCGACUAAACUCUUUAAAAAAAUGAUUUUUAAUGAUAGACUUGUAAAUAAAAAAGUUUUUGUAACUUUUAAUAGGUAAAAAUAUUGAAUAAAUUUAAUUUUCUUUCUUGAUUUUUUACUUUAGACAAGUAAAAAUUCGAAAGAACAUUAUUUAUGCUCACCUACUAAUAAUUGUUAUGUUUUAAAAUCGCGCCUUUCGGAGAUGGAUGCUUAAUUAAGUGCUGCGGUCGACCAUGGCAAAAUAAAGACGGUCACACCAAAAUAAAGACGGCCAUGGAAACAUAAAUAAGGCCACAGAAAAACAUUCCACGUCUCAAUAAAUUUAUAAAUUGGAAAAUUAAAAAAAAAAUAAAUAAAUAAAAUCUGACUAUUUUUCGAUAUUCUAGAAUGUAACAAUAUGCGAAGUUUAAGUUCAAAAAUGAUAAACUUUAAAAAUACUUUAACCUGCUUUAAUUUUUAUCAUUCUUACCAAUUUUAUAGAUUAAGGCUCCUGUGCUAAAAUAAGUAGCUUUGAAUAAAAAUAAUAAAUAAAUAAAAAAUCAAUCUAAUCAGUCAUUAUUUUGAAAAUAAUAAGUGUCACUGAAGAAAUCUGAAAAAAAAAACAUUGCCGAGCCUCGACCUCAAGCCUAUCAUUGGCGAAGAAGAGCGGUCAAAGUUGCUAAAUCUUAGCUUCAUUAUACUUAUUAGAAACAUCCACCAUCUGUUUUUUAUUUGUUUUAUUCGCAUAAUACAUUCAGCUCACGUGAUUGCAGUGGGGUGUCCAGCUUUCAAAGCGAAUAAAUUUGUCUUUAAUUAUUCAAACCAAUCUGUCCAUUGCGUUGUUGUUACAUUCAAACGUCAGUCUAAAACAGAUUGGCGAAGUCAGUUCAAUGAAAGAAAAACAUAUAUAAGGGCGCCAAAUUUUUUAGUUCUUUAAUAAUGUAAUGAAGUUAAAGUUAAAAGACAAAGCGUUCAUCAGUGAGGAUUCAAUUUUUAUCUAACCCGACAACAUUUAAAAACGAAUAAGAAGAUUAAAAUUCCAGAUAAAGAUGGACCAGAAAGAACUUAAUGUUAUAAAAUGUUGAAGAACUGCAGUCGUAGUUGUAGUUAAUAAACUCGUGGUUCGCAAAUGAUCGGUUAUAAAAUUAUCUGAGGAUAAUUUGAUAUCUGAGCUUGCAAAAAUAUCGUUAAAGUCACAUAAGAACUAUGUACAAAAACAAAUACCGCAAGAUAACGCAAACACCAAGCAAGCACGUCGUAUGUCGUACAGUACUAAUGUCACUGUUUUUGAACAAAUACGUUGCCGGAUUGGAUGAAAUCAAAUUGGGUUUCCUUUUAACUUGGUCACAUGUUGAGAAAUAUAACGACGCAAUUUAUUACGCGGGUGCUGUCACGCGGGUGGUGGAUGAUAUAAAUAAUAACCCAAACCUACUUAACAGCACAAAGGUGACAUAUCUGACCGCUGAUUCCACAUGUAGUAACCAUAAUGGCGCCAAAGGUACGGUUGAUUUACUCUUUAAAAACAUUACAGCUUUUAUUGGACCGCUGUGUUCAAAACAAUGCAUCACAGGAGGAGAGAUAGCAACAUGUAAGAAGAUACCAAUGAUCUCAUUCGGAUGUUCUUCAAUACGGUUAUCAAAUAAAAGCAGCUUUCCAUACCUGGCACGCGUUAAAUCGUACGCACGGGGGAGUGGGGUUUGGACACCAAAAACCUUCAUUGCGAUAAUGAAGAAAUUUAAUUGGAGACGCGCCUGUAUUAUUGAACGCACGCAUGAGAUCUAUACGCCAUUAGGUGAAGCUACGGUUAAGGCGUUUUCAGAGUCUAACUUAACAAUAGAAGAAAGAUAUACGUAUCAAUUGUAUACAACGAAAUAUGAGAAGAAAGCAAUUAUUGAAAAACUUAACAAGAAAUGUCGAGUGAUGUUCUUUCUAACACAUUCAGAAGACGUGACGUCAUUUCUUCUUCUUGCAUACGAACUUGGCUUGAUGAACUAUGUAUACAUCACCAUGGACUAUAAAUUACUGAACGUGACAACAAGACAAAAGAAAGCUUUGGAAGGUUUGAUAUCAAUCAGUACCAAUUACCCGGCAAAUGUUUCUUCUACAAAAUACGUUGAAUUUCAAGAAGAUUGCCGCAGAAGAGCGAGGCUUCCUCCAUUUGAGCUGACUGACGUCAACUUAACAACCAAGAAUUCUUCGAUAGCUGCUUAUCUUUACGAUGCAACAAUGUUAUAUACAAUCGCUGUUGAUGCAAUGAUAAAAGAUGGAAAAAUAGUUAAUAAUGUGAUUAACUCCACGCUUUUGAUGGAUUACAUCAGGAAAACUAAAUUUCAAGGAAUGUCUGGAGAGGUAAAGAUGGAUGAUAAUGAAGAUAGAGUGCCGUUGUUUCAAAUCCAAAAUGUGAAAAAAGGAAAACUGGUCGUCACUGCGACGUAUGAUCCGUUGACUAACACUCCAAUUGUGUUGAACGGUUUGUCUGAAAUCCACUUUCCAGGCGGAUUAUCGAAUCCUCCUAGAGAUGUGCCAGAGUGCGGAUUUCAUGGCGAAAAGUGCGUUCACGAAGAUUCUUCUUUUGGUCGUUUCUUUCUUGCUCCACUUCCUCUGAUAUUGUUACCAGUACUUCUGUGUUUUCUUAAGAGAAAAAUUCAAAUUGAACAGAAGAUUCUAAGCAACGACCUGAUUAUUCCCAUCGAAGAAAUACGAUUCGCAACUGAUACACUACAGAGAAAGAUUUCUGGUGCACAAAAAGGUGGCAUGGGAGCUAGGAAAAACAAUGAUGCAUGCGCUGUCUACAAAGGGAGAAAAAUACAUUUAAAGACGAUGUAUAAUUUUGGAAGUUCAGUUAAAAGAGAUUUCCUGAUAAAACUUCGACGGAUGAAAGAUAUAAAUCAUAUGAACGUGGAUGCGUUCGUGGGAGUGAUCAGACAAUCUGAAGAUUUGCAUUUCGUUUGGUCUUAUUGCUCGAAAGGGUGCUUGCAGGAGGUGCUUCAAAACGAAAUAGAAUUAGAUUGGAUGUUUAGAGUUUCAUUUGCUGAUGAUAUAUCAAAAGGCUUAGGGGCAAUCCAUAAAAGUUCGGUGGAACUUCAUGGUAAUCUGUCAUCAUUGACAUGUGUUAUUGACAACAGAUGGGUGUGCAAACUCACAGAUUUCGGAAUGUUCCAUUUUAAGCAGGAGCUGGAUGCAAAUUAUAAUUAUUUGCCAUAUGGAAUGACCAAAGCAAAAGAGCAAUUUUGGUGGGCUCCUGAAGUACUGCGCGAUAAAAAAAACCGAGUACGAGAAUCUGAUAUCUACAGUUUUGGUAUGGUGUUGUAUGAAAUAUUUAUGAAGCAGCGACCAUUCUUUGAUGUAAUCGACAACGGAAGCAAACAUCCACAAGAUUUGAUUCGAGAGAUAGCCAUAAUACCUUCAUUUCACUUGCGUCCUUCAUUACUAAAUAACGAAAACACACCUGAAAUUAUAAUCGAUUUGAUAAAGCAAUGUUGGUCUGAAAACAUACAUUCACGACCUUCUCUCAAAGAAAUUACUAAAAUCAUACAAAGUUUAAACGAAGAAAAUUACUCUGAAAGUUUGGUGGAUCAUAUGUUGCAAAUGAUGGAGAAGUACACAGAAAAUCUCGAAGAAACAGUAGCACUUCGUACGAAGCAGUUAGAAGAAGAGAAAAUGAAAACAGAAAGUCUACUUUAUAAAAUGCUACCAAGAUCUGUAGCAGCAAAACUAAAAGACGGUCAAGAAGUGGUAGCAGAGUAUUUUGAAUCAGUGACCAUCUUCUUUUCUGAUAUUGUUGGCUUCACAUCAUUAUGUGCAGAUAGUACACCAUUAGAAGUUGUAGAGAUGUUAAAUGAUUUGUACAGUUGUUUUGAUCAGUGUGUGGAUGCUCACGAUGUUUAUAAGGUGGAGACAAUAGGAGAUGCGUACAUGGUUGCUUCUGGACUCCCGUUGCGUAAUGGCAUCAAACAUGCUGGAGAAAUUGCUACGCUAUCGUUAGAUCUUUUAAAAGUUGUCGAACCUUUCAAGAUAAAACAUAGACCGGAAAUGUCGCUUCAAAUGAGAAUAGGAAUUCAUACAGGCCCAUGCGUAGCAGGCGUCAUUGGACUAAAAAGACCACGAUAUGAUUUAUUCGGCGACACCGUCAAUUAUGCAUCCCGAAUGGAAUCAAACGGUUUACCUGGUCGUGUCCAUGUUAGUCCUGAAUGUAAACAACUUCUUGACGAAUUAGGAGGUUAUCUGUUAGAAGCAAGAGGUUUUGUUAAAAUGAAGGGAAAAGGUGAAAUCGAAACAUUUCUUUUGAAUGGUAAAAAGGAAUUAUGAAAGUUCGAUUUCAAAGGAACAUUCCGAAAAUUGCUUCGUCGAAAGCCGAAUUAAGAAAUAUUAUAUGCUCACUGUGUUGUAUUUUUUUGUUUCUGCAUGUACGUAACACAACGCAACGAAUUUAAAAUAAAAUUUAGAAUAAAAU